AUGGAUUAUUCAUAUUUAAAUCAGGCAGCAGCUGCUGGUUUUGAUUCGAGCUGCUUACAAUCAAGUAUGGAUCCGACGGGUCUAGCGAAUAUGCCAUGUUCGUACGGUGAUUUAACGUCAUGCAGUCAAAUGUCACAAGCGGCAUAUCGAUAUACGGCUGCCGCGGCAAGUAUGGCUCGAUCUUAUAAUCCAACGAGUGGAUCUACGGCUGCAGCAAUGGGUGUCGGUCAUCACGUGUCCGCAUCUCAAUGUGCUGUGGCAAUGGGAACAAGACCACACCAUCAAGAUGUCCAUCAUAGGGCUUCCAUGUUUCCAACUUCAAUGAAUUUGCAAGGUGGUUUACCAUAUAAAGUAUAUCCUGGUCACGAUGGUGUUUUAACUGAAAAACGAAAACAACGUCGAAUUCGAACAACAUUUACGUCAGCACAAUUAAAAGAAUUAGAACGAGCAUUUCAAGAAACACAUUAUCCAGAUAUUUAUACACGCGAAGAAAUUGCAAUGAAAAUAGAUUUAACUGAAGCAAGAGUGCAGGUAUGGUUUCAAAAUCGUCGAGCAAAAUUUCGUAAACAAGAACGUUUAGCACAACAAAAAGCAACUAAUGGUAAUUCUGAUUCAAACCAACAACAAAAUAAUAACGGAAAUGCAGCGGUAAAAACUGAAAGCGGUCUAGGAAUAAAAAAUUUAUCUGGUCAAAAGGAUAUUAAACCCGGUUCACCAAAUUCAGGAUUAUCAACCACACCGAAUUCAAAUACGAGUAUAUCGUCACAUCAGUCAUCUAAUGGAGACAUAAAACCUUUAAAUGGUAAACUUUCAGAGGAUUCCUUAUUAUUAUCUGGUAACAACAAUAAAUGGUCAACAUCAAUGUCAAGUCCCACAUCUUCAUUACAACAGUCAUGUAAUGCGGUAUCGGCUGCAGCUGCGGCUACAGCCACAUCAUUAUUAGUCCAACAAGCAGCCAAUAAAGUACAACAUCAUUUGCAACAACAUCAACAAUCAUCACCAGGGGGAAGUGGUGGAGGAUCAUUACAUCAUCAUCAUCAUCAACAUCAUCAUGCAGCUGUAGCUGCGGCUGCAUUAUCAUCACCGUUCUCUUCAUUAUUGGGUGCAGCAGGUUCAAGUUAUUUGUUAGGUGAUCAUCAUUUGAAACCAGCUACAGCAAACCAUUUAUUUUAA